GAAGAGAAGCCGGAUACGUCAUUCUUCCGAAAGGUUUUCGCAGCCUUUCCUCCAAAAGCGUCCAUGUUCUUCCUCCUUUUGGGUGUUGGUGGCCUCCGUAUUCGUGAUGCAAAUUUUAUGCAGCGGAACGAGAUCUUCCCGCUUAAAUAUCCUCAGGCGGGAUAUAUCGUACUCGACAUGCCCUUCAAUGAAUUUCUGGGAGAUUGGCAUCUUCUUGUUGAUUCUGUAAAGAGUUCUGGAAGAUGGGCAGGCGACAAUUCUUGCUUAAAUUAAUUCUAUGCAUCGAAGUUGGAAGCUUCUUGUCUGCCAUGAUGGCAGACCCCAGGACAGAUGUUGCAGGUCUCUUCUGUGAUCCUGAUUUAGCUGUCAGUGGUGAUGUUCUGGCUUCCAACUUUGUUCCUGCCAUGGCAAACUUGAGUUCGUUGAUUGAUAGAAAGGGUUACGGCACUACAGUGGUGGGGUCCGGUCCUAAUGCAGUUUACGGGUUAGCCCAGUGUAUGAAGGAUCUGAGCUCUAUUGAUUGCAGGCUCUGCUUCUCAGAAAUGAGGUCACUGCUUCCAACGUGUUAUCCAAGGAUAGGGGGAAGGAUAUUUCUCGAUGGGUGUUUUGCGAGGUACGAUAAUUACUCAUUCUUUGAUGUGGAGAAGGAUUCAGAGGACAAAAGUGUUUGUCUUUGGAGUAGGAACAGUUCAAACGCCUUCAGGUUUGUUGAGACAGUAAGAGAGGUCUCACGGAAUGUAAGUUUGGAAGCUCAGAGGAACCAAGGAUUUGCAGUUGGUUCUUCAAGCGACUCAACUGUAAGUGUUUAUGCCUUGGCUCAAUGCUGGCAGAAUCUGAACAGCACGCUUUGUAAAUCUUGUCUUGAUGAUGCCGCUUCUUCUAUAGUUUCUUGCGCACCAGCUGUUGAAGGUCGAGCAUUGAAGGCUGGUUGUUACAUGAGAUACUCUAUAAACAGUUUUUGGAAUAUGAAUCAGACUAGUUCUCAUUCAUCAGGGCCUAAUAAGAAUUUUUGGACAAUAAUGGUGUCUGCUGGUUCCGGAGUAUUUAUCGUAGCUGGCCUUCUGAUUUGGAAGUUUAGAGCUUUAUUCAGCCGAUCUAAUGGUGGGACUCUGAAAGAUUUGUUUGGAUCAGGAUUGUCUACAGUUAUUGCUCAAUCUAAGCUGAAUUACAGCUAUGACGAACUGAGGAAUGCAACGAAUGACUUUAAUUCAGUAAAUCGACUUGGACAGGGUGGCUAUGGUACUGUUUACAAGGGAGUUCUUUCUGACGGAAGGGAAGUUGCUGUGAAAAGACUCUUCAUUAACACACGACAAUGGGCUGACCAAUUUCUGAAUGAAGUGGAUCUCAUUAGUAGAGCUCGGCAUAAAAAUCUGGUGAAGUUACUUGGUUGCAGUCUGGAUGGGCCUGAAAGUCUGCUAGUUUAUGAGUACUGCCAGAAUAAAAGUUUAGAUCUCUUCAUCUUUGAUCCAUUCCUACGGAAAAAGUUAGGAUGGUGCAAAAGGCUUGAAAUUAUCCAGGGGAUAGCUGAAGGGCUUUCUUAUCUUCAUAAAGAGUCUUGCGUGCGAAUCAUCCACAGAGACAUCAAGGCAAGCAAUGUUCUUUUAGAUGAGAAGUUCAAGCCAAAAAUUACAGAUUUUGGUCUGGCAAGAUCUUUUGCAGAAGACCAGACGCAUCUCAGCACUGGAAUUGCAGGCACAUUAGGCUACAUGGCUCCAGAAUAUAUCGUCCAUGGGCAGUUGACUGAGAAAGCUGAUGUAUAUAGUUUCGGUGUGCUGGUUCUUGAGAUUGUCACUGGUCGACAAUGCAGCAACUCAACAGGGUCAUCGAGUGGACAGUUUUUGUUGGCAAAGAUAUGGAGCCAUUACAAAGCAAACACUGUUGAGGAAAUUCUUGACGAAUGUGUGGAUGAGAAGGAUGUGGAGGAGAUGUUGCAUGUGGUGCAAGUUGGACUUUUGUGCACACAGGCAACUCCAAGUUUAAGGCCUUCAAUGUCAAGGGUAGUGGAAAUGCUGAGGGACAGGGAAGAAGAGGAAGUUGUUCCAUCUGACCCUCCAUUUCUGGAUAUUCUGUCAGACUGCAACAAUGAAAGUGAAGCCUCCAGACUGCUGUCCGUUUCUUCUAAGCCUAGUGUGUUGACACCAUCAAUCUCUCGAAGCCAGACUGACUCCACAUAGUUCACAAUGGAAGUCAAACUCUCUGAGGCAGAUGCAAGCAUGUGCCAAGAUACACAAAGCCACGUGAACCCAUGACUAGACAUUCUAAAGUCGGUUUCAGUCACCUGUUUGAUGGGGGAUCUACGCAAGCAGACAGCAGAAAGUGACCUUCGUGAGCUAAAAUAUCUUGUCAAUGAAGGCAAAAUUUCCUUCCCUCUUUGCAGUGAACUGAGAAACUUACUCUCUGCACAGAACAGCAUACGGAAACCAGCCUUCACAUUCUUUUGGGUCGUACUGGAUUGUGAUCUCGGGAAAUUCUGUAACACAUAUUCUAAAUAAAUGUAUGGCAUUCGUGGGACAGUCUUCAUGAUGGUAUACAUAUUACAUGAAUUUUUAUAAUCUUGGGGAACGUAGAGAUAAUUUGCAUGUAUCUUAUACUGGACUACUUGCCAGAACACCCAUUAAGAUGAUUUAUGUACAUGUUCCUGCUCACCGCUGAAUUAGAGAUUGUUUUUUCUGCA